AUCUCCUAAUCUCCGGGAAUCGCCCGCCGUCCAGGACUGUGGACGUUUCUGCAUCCGAAGCUGACUGCGAUCAAGAUGGAGAGCGAAAAGAAGAGGAGAAAAUACUCCACGAGCAGCAACGACUCCGACACCACCGACAGUCAGGUAAUGUCGUGGUCCAGGUCAUCCAAGAACACAGGCACCAGCAGCACAUGGGUCCGCCACCAGCACAAGAAACCGUCAGAGGUAUUUCGUACCGACUUCAUCACGGCAAUGAAGCUGCCGGACUCGGCCCAGCUCGGCCCGGACGACUUUUAUGUGCUCUCGGACCCUUGGAGACAAGAGUGGGAGAAGGGAGUGCAGGUCCCUGCCAGCCUGGAGGGCAUACCAGAACCCGUGGUCAGGUUGCUGCCGACUGAGUCGACAGGUGGCCUUUCCAACAACAGGCAGGAGAGGGAGAGCAACACCCAGCCUCCUCCCACCCAGCGCUACAGCUGCUAUGACCUGGAUGACAUGGACGUUGCCUGGCUGGAGCUGGUCAACCAGGAGUUCAGACAGAUGGCACUACCAGAGCUGGACGAACUGACGAUGGAGUGCGUUUUGGUCGAGCUGGAGAGCGUGUGCGAGGAGAAGAUGCGGCAGGCCAUCGAGACGGAGGAAGGCCUGGGCAUCGAGUACGACGAGGACGUGGUGUGUGACGUCUGCCGCUCGCCAGAGGGAGAGGACAGCAACGAGAUGGUCUUCUGUGACAAGUGCAACGUUUGCGUUCAUCAGGCGUGUUAUGGCAUCCUGAAGGUACCCCAGGGGAACUGGCUGUGUCGGACCUGCGCUCUAGGCGUUCAGCCCAAAUGUCUGCUCUGUCCUAAGAGAGGGGGGGCCCUCAAACCCACCCGCAGUGGAACCAAGUGGGUCCACGUCAGCUGUGCCUUAUGGAUCCCUGAGGUGAGUAUAGGCUGUCCAGAGAAGAUGGAGCCCAUUACCAAGGUGUCCCACAUCCCUGCCAGCCGCUGGGCUCUGUCCUGCAGCCUGUGUCGAGAACACACAGGAACCUGCAUACAGUGCUCCAUGCCCUCUUGUAUGGUGGCCUUCCAUGUGACGUGCGCCUUUGACCACGGCCUGGAGAUGAGGACCCUCCUGGCAGAGAACGACGAGGUGCGCUUCAAGUCCUUCUGUCUAGAUCACAGCUGCACCGCCAGCAACAGUAGUACAACCACCAACAACUUCUCCAGUUUGACCAGUGUGAGCAUUGGCAACCACACCACCACUUCCAGCACCAGUGGAGCACACACCACAGCCAGACCUGACUGGACCACCACCGGUGUGAGUUCUGAGCUCCGGCCGGACCAUCAGCACCAGCCAAACAUCUGCAGCGAUCAGGAGCAGAGGUCGGUAUUGUACCCAAUUUCAGUGUCGGCAUCAGAGCGAGCUGAGCGGGACCAGCUGGAGAGAGAGAAAGUGAGCCAGAGGAAACAGAAGCUCCAGGAGCUGGAGGAUGAGUUUUACCAACUGGUGGACCCCAGGGAGGUUGCUGAAAACUUGGCGCUGCCCUUUUCCCAGGUGGACUUCUUAUAUCAGUUCUGGAAGAUGAAGAGGAAGGCCAACUUUAAUCGACCUCUGGUCACCUUAAAGAGAGACGAGGUGGACAACCUGGCCCAGCAGGAGCAGGAUGUCCUCUACAGACGCCUCAAACUCUUUACACACCUCCGGCAAGACCUGGAGAGGGUGCGUAACCUGUGCUACAUGGUGACACGGAGGGAGAAAAUGAAACACACCCUGUGUGACCUCCAGGAAAAGAUCUUCCACCUGCAGAUACAACUACUGGAAGAGGACAUUGCUGGAGAUAAAACCAAGAAGGGAGAAAAGAGGAAGCAGAAUGGAGUGAAGGAGAAAGGAAAGGAGAGGAGAAAAAGUAGUCCUGAGAAGAAAAAGGAGAGAUUGAAGCCAGAGAACGGCUCCCUGCUAAAAGAGCUAGGUUUGUCAAAGUCCUUCCCGUUGGACAACUCUUUGUUCGACAGCUGGCUCGCCCAGUCGGUUCAGAUCACAGCUGAUGACAUGCUGAGCCAGUGGGCUCUGGGUGCCCAGCAUCGGGACAAGAGUGGUAGCCUGCUCUCCGACCAGCUCCUGCAAGGCGAGGAAAGCCUGCUAAACCUGAUGAUGGAGAAUUCCAUGCAGUCCACCUGGAAAACACCCCAGCUGGGCCGCAAACCGCGAGGGAGCAACAAGCCCCGUGCUCGUAGUAACCCGCAAUCCACCACCCUGCCGCAGACGCUGCUGUCUGCAGCGGCCGCCUCCGCCGCCAGCAGCCCCUCCCCUGCAAAGAGCCUCUGGGCAAGCGUGGCGGAGGAAAAGCCCACCCAUGUGGGUCAGAAAGGGGAAAGGUCCAGGGGAUCCUCCAAGGCCUUGCACCACAACUACCUUCAUCACCACCAGACAAGAAGCUCUGACCUGCACAGGGAACCGCCACCGCAGCCACCGAUCUCCAAAAUGGAUUCCUGUCACAUCUCGGAGGACCGCGGCCCGUGGGACAGCAUCCACCCAGGGAAUGGUGUUGCAUCUGGUUUCGCUGCAGGCUCAUCUCCGCGUCCGGCCUCCAGCCCUGGGGUCACGUUGCCCGACACAGGGGCGACCAUUCGUGGCAGGGGUCCGCGGCUCCGUCUGUCCCGCCAUGGUAAAUCCAGAGGUAGGGGCGUUAGUGGAGGUGGAGGCAUAGCAGCGCUGGAGUCUGUUGGCCUGCCGCUCACAGGAAAGGACAUCUCCCUGCUGGACGCUGCCGAGACUGACGGGUACUUCUCUGAUGGCGAGCAGAGUGAUUCGGACACGCGCUCUGGCGGACGCAAACUCCGCUUGCCGCAGUUGCAUUCUGGGAACGAGGACCUACUGAGAAGGAGUGUGCUGGCAUCCUAAAGAACUGAGACUCAAACCAACACACACACACACACAUAUACACACAGUUAUCCAAGCAGAGUUCCGCUGGCUAAUUGUUUCUCCAUCUGUGCCCAAUAUAUAGUCCACAAAACAUAGCUGGAUGGCUUUGUUCAACCCAAUCCUUGUCACAUUUACUAGUGGAAGAUCUCUUCAGCUCUCACCUGCUUUCUUUUGGGGGGGAACUUGAAUGUAGCUGAUGGUCUGUUGUACAGUAAAGCCUCUCCUCUGGACCAUAGUUUGUCGAUAGCUUACCACAAGAUGCGAUACAUUCAACAAAUAGGAAACAAACAUUACCUUUAGUCUUUUUUUGUUUUGUAUUUCAGAUUCAUUUUGUUUUUGGGCGUUGAAGUACCUAUUUCUGGCCUCAUGUCUGUGGUCUCUGCCAGACUUGGGGACAAAUACUUCGGGGCAUUAUUAUUAUUCAAGCUGGUUUCAGGGUCUGCUUCGCUCUUGGUCUUUAUAGCCUGAGAUGCAUCCAAUGAGUCCUUGUUUUCUUGAAUAUGUUAAGUGGAAAGACAAUUUCACACCGGAGCUGGUCUGAAUAUGUGCUGAGGGUGACAUGGGAUAACAUGUAUUCAGCCUUGAAAAGCACAACUAGCUAGUCAUAAGAGCUGUAAUGUAAGCACUCGUGUGCAUAAUAGAUGCUCAUUCAGGGUUGGGGUCAAUUCUCAUCAUGUUGACUCAGUUCCAAAUUCUAUAUACAAAAACUGUCAUUCUCAAAUCUUCACAGACUAAAAAAACUGAUUUCCAGCUAUUCCAAUUUUGUGACCCCAACCCUGGUGCACAUUCAGAUUGUCACACAGAGACACAAACACACAUACAUACUGACACACAUACUACUAUAAGCAAAUCCCUUUGCUCUCAUCACAGCUGUUGUUGAAAUAUUUGAUCUUCUGUCAGAUGCUUUCAAAUUUUGAGUUCAGUUUUUUUUUUUUUUUUUUUUUUUUUGCCUGAACCUUUGGAGAAAAAUCAUCAUAGAAACUCUGUGCCUUCUGUCGCUUGCCCUAUGCCCCUGCCUGCCUCCCCUCAACCCCACCCCCCAACCUUAUCAAUCAACCAAACAAUCAGUAAGUAGAUCAAUCAGUCGUUUCUCAAUCGGAUUUGUAACAAUCAAACCAAAAGGAAAUCCCGUUGGAUUGGUUACUGAGUGUAGCCAGUAUUGGGCUCCUUGUCACCUUAACAAUUGUCUAGUGCCUGAAACAAGGAUGUAAAUGCAGCGUUUGCCAAUAAUCAACAAAGCAUCUGCAACAGUUAGCAAAGCAGAGCCACACUGUACUAUCAAUGCAAAGAGCUGCCUACUGUUCUGUGCCCCCCACCCCCAAUCCCCCCACACCUUUAACUAGAUCACUGCAGUCCAGAGCCAUCAAUAAACAGGGUUUGGCCAGGUUACACUUUGGGCAGCAGCAAUAGAUACACGUGGAGAACAAAACCAGUCUUUUAGAUUGGUGGCAAAAACUUGACUGUUUUUAUAUGUUGUGUAGCCUAUUUCCUCUUUCAGCUCGGUGGUAUUAAUUAAUAAUGCGUCAUAAUUUAAGAUUCUUGUGUACAAAUAUGCCAAAAUCUUAGGCAAAAAAAAGUCCUUUUCACUGCCGACUGUCCUCAUUCCCAUUUAGUGAUGAGAAAAAACUGGAUAAAGAACGUGACAAAAUAAUCUUAACUCACUUAAUGGCUUUUUCUGAGCUUUCAACCACAACUCACAGUCUUGGCUGGCAGUUUAUCCACAUAAUUGUAUGAUUUAAAAGUAGUGAAGCCCUCAAAAGUCAGUCAUUUGUUACUAUUAUAUGAGGCCACUGGGGUUUACAGUGCACAGUGCAGUUUUCAGGCAAUAGACAUCAAUAGAAACAAGUUAGUCUAACUUUAUCUCAUCCAUGUGUAUCUAUGCAAUUGAUGAUAUUGGUGUAGUAAGAUGCCCAACUCUGUUUUAUUCAGCCAAGCACUGAGUAGGCAUGUUGUUGUGUAAGUUUGACGUAGCCAAGCUCUCGCAACUGAUGGCUCUGCUGCACCUGUUCUCCUGUUAGAUGAAUGAUGACAAUGUAAUGAUCAGCUUCUUCUUCUCGAGUCCUGCACUCUUAAGUUCUUGAAUUGAGUUGUUUAAAAAAAGAAAAGAAAAAAAACUUUUUUUUCUCUCAGAGAGUUGUAUUUUGUACUUAAAGCAGUCCAUGGUAUUCUCAGGGGUUAAGAAAAACUUUUAAAAAGAAUAAAAGGUUUAAAGAUUUAUCGUAAAAGCGACGCAAGACAGAGAUACUAUAUAUAUAUAUACAUAUUUUAUAUCAUAUACAGUAUAUAUAUAUAUAUAUAAAGUGAUGUGUGU